GCUUAACUACCUGGCCGAACGAACGUACCUAUCGGUCAACUGCGUUACUGCGGUGACCCACGCGUGCAGCGCAAACUAUUGGUGAAACACACCACGGCGUCGCUCCACGCAAACGUCUCCGGGAGCCGAGCGCUCACUUCAGGGUCGUGGGAUGACGCGAGCAUCACUUUAGUUGCCUUGCGAUGAAAUUGUCUUUAUAAGCAAGCCCUGCGUCGUGCACGGCAAGGGCUUUAGCAUAGCGGGUCCGGGUUCGAUCUGGACAUAGUCAGGGCUGAGCUGGGUUGGCCUGAGCUACGGUUCGUGUCGCGUGUCCAUGCGCGAAUUGCCAGCAGGCCUUCUUGGAGUAGCAGCUAAUCCGCAUUAUCCAGCACUACAAUUGUCUUCACGAGCUUUGAGUUGUCAGCAAAAGCCUACUGAAGCCUAAAGCGAAUACACGCGCGUCGCCGAGGGGGCGAUCUAGCCCCUCCAAACUGGAAACAUAGCAAUCUGAACCAAUCGGAUUAGUUCCUGUCCCAAAGAUGGCGCCCAAACGCGGUGGUGGUGGCGGCGAGCGGGUGGAGGCACGCACAGUGCUGUCAGCUGUUUUGCUGGCGGACAGCUUUACUCAGCGUUUUCGCCCAAUUACGGUGGAGCGGCCAAAGGCCCUGCUGCCCCUGGUGAACGUGCCGAUGAUCGAGUACGCACUGGAGUGGCUUGCCAUGAACGACGUGGAGGAGGCGUUUGUGUUCUGCUGCGCGCACGCGGACCUCAUCAAGCGCUACCUGGCGGACUCCAAGUGGGCGCACAGCCGCGAUAUGAAGGUGACGCCCAUUGUGUCCACCAACUGCCUGUCUGCCGGCGAGGCGCUGCGGCUGAUCGACCAGCGCGACCUCAUCAAGGGCGACUUCGUGCUGCUGUCCGCCGACAUCGUCAGCAACAUGCGCCUGGCGCCGCUGCUGGAGGCGCACCGCGCGCGGCGGGCGGCGGACAAGAACGCCAUUAUGACGUUGGCCAUGAAGCCGGUGCAGCACGCCUCCCAGCGGCUGCGGCUGGGCGACAGCGAGCUGGUGGUGGCGCUGGACGCCGCAACCCAGCGGCUGCUCAAGUACAUGGAGCUGGAGCCGGGCCGCCCCAGCCACCACCUGGCCAAACUGGAUGCGGCGCUGUUCGGCGAGCGGGACGAGGUGCAGGUCCGGUGCGACCUGAUGGACACGCACAUCUGCGUGUGUGCGCCCGAGGUGUUGCUGCUGUUCAGCGACAACUUCGACUACCAGAACAUCAAGCGCGACUUCGUGUCGGGCGUGCUGUCGGAGGAGGAGCUGGGCAACAAGCUGCACGUGUACGAGCUGCGGCAGGCCGAGUACGCGGGGCGCGUGCACAACCUGCGCUCCUACGACGCCGUCAGCCGCGACCUGCUGCAGCGCUGGGCCUUCCCCUUCGUGCCCGACACCAACGUGCUCAGCCUGGGCGGCAGCCCCGCAUGGGGGCAAACCAGCUACCGCUACUCCCGCGGCCAGCGCUACAUGGAGUCCACUGUGUCUCUGGCGCGGUCCACGGUGCCGGGCGAGGACGUAUGCAUCGGCGCCGGCACCUCCAUCGGCGAGGGCAGCCGCGUGGUGCAGUCGGUGGUGGGGCGCAAUGUGCGCAUCGGCCGCAACGUGGACAUAGUGGGAGCCUACAUCCAGGACGGCGUCACCAUACAGGACGGUGUGGUAGUCCGCUCGGCGCUGGUGUGCGAGGGCUGUGUGCUACGGGCGGGCUGUGUGGUGGGCCCGGGCGCCAUCCUCAGCUACGGCUGCGUGGUGGACUCGCGCCACAGCGUGCCGCCCAACACGCGCAUCAGCCUGUGCCUGCAGGUGGCGGGAGCGAACGACGACAGCGACGACGAGCUGGAGUACUCGCCGGCUGUGGGCGCCAGCUCGCCGACGCGGCCGGGCGGCGGCCGGGCGGCGGCCAAGAAAGCGGCGGCUGACAGCGACGAGGAGGAGGAGGAGGAGGAUGAUGACGACGACAGCUACCACAACCCCGACCAGUACGGCAAGAGCCUGGAGCGGCCCACCUCGGACGCGCUGCGGGCGGCCCAGGCGCUGGCUGUGGGGCGGCCGCUGCAGGGCGAGGAGGCGGGCGUGCGCUUCCAGGCCUCUGCGGUGGGCCCCAACGGCGCCGGCUAUGUGUGGGACCCGCGCGAGGGCCCGGCGGACCUCGACCGCUUCUCCAUCGCGCCGCCCACCACCUCGCUAACGGCAGAGGACGAGGCGGCAGCGGCCGACGAGGCGGCGGCCGCGGCGGCGGCGGCUGGGACAGGCGGCGCGGACGCGCAGGCGGGCGGCAGCGGCGGCGGCCGCGGCGAGGAGGGCGGCGGCGACGACAGCGACGCGGACAGCGAUGGGGGCGGCCGUGACCCGGAGCGGGUGUGGCGGCGGGAGGUGGAGGAGACCUUCCUGCGCUGCAUCAAGAUGCGCUUCGACGUGGCCAAUGUGGUCAUUGAGCUGAACGGGCUCAAGAUCGCGGAGGACCGCACCUUCGCCGACUGCGCCCGCUACAUGCUCACAGCGCUGCUCAACCUGGGCCUGCCGCCGCCGCCGCGCACGCCCGCAGAGUACCUGCCGCUCUUCAAAACAGUUGCCCCUGAGGCCAGCAAGGAGGGGCAGCUGGCGCUGCUGCGCGGCUUCAAGCAGGCGCUGGCGGACUGGCGCGACCUGCUGCAGCGCUUCCUCAAGAGCGAGGACGACCAGGUGGAGCUGCUGCUCACGCUGGAGGAGUACUGCUCCUGCGAGGGCGUGUUCGAGGCCGACGGCGGCGGCGGCGCCCGCUACGCGCCGCUGUUCGCGCACCUGCUGCGGCAGCUGUACGACUGCGACGUGGUGGGCGAGGACGCGCUGCUGGCGUGGGCGGACGAGAAGGCGGCGGCGGACGCGGAGGAGCGGCGGUACGUGGAGCAGGCGGACGUGGCGCGGUUCCUGGAGUGGCUGCGGGAGGAGGACGAGGAGGAUGACGAGGAUGACGAGGAGGAGGACGACGAUUGAGGAGGGAUUGCAGGGAGCGGAGGGGAGGGGAAGGGAGGGAGCGGGAGGUGGAGCGGGAGUGGGUUGGGGGGAGUGAGGGUGCUGGUGCUGGUGGGAGUAGGGGCGGGGGUACUGGCGUUAGUGUAGUAGAACGUGGGGAUGCAAGUGGUGCGGAGAGAUCGCCGCCUGCUUGUGGCGGAGGGUGUGGGGCAGUCAGCAGAAGCUGUUUUGUUUGCGCCCGGCGGGGUUCCGGCAGGUAUGGCUUGCCUGUUGGUGGAGGUGCUCGUGGUGGCGGCUUGUGUGCUUUGAGAGGGAGCCUCGUGUGUGGGCGUGUGGCCCUGAGUGAGGCCUGGUGAGACCAUUGGUUGCUCUAGAUCAAGGCAAUGCUGCUAACACAGGCUGUGCAUCUGCGGCGGCGUGUAAUUGACACGUAUG